AAAAAAAAAAUCUUUCCGUUCUUCCCCAGCGGCUUGAGCUCGCGACGGGCGGCGCUCGCCCUGAUCCGGCCUGACCAUGCUGGUGCUGUUCGAGACGUCCGUGGGCUACGCCAUCUUUAAGGUUCUCAAUGAAAAGAAACUUCAAGAGGUUGAUAGUUUGUGGAAAGAAUUUGAAACUCCAGACAAAGCAAAUAAAAUAGUAAAGCUAAAGCAUUUUGAGAAAUUUCAAGAUACAGCAGAAGCAUUAGCAGCGUUCACAGCUCUGAUGGAGGGUAAAAUCAAUAAGCAGCUGAAGAGAGUUCUGAAGAAAAUAGUCAAAGAAGCCCAUGAACCCUUGGCUGUAGCUGAUGCUAAACUGGGAGGGGUAAUAAAGGAAAAGCUGAAUCUGAGUUGUAUCCACAGUCCUGUUGUUAAUGAGCUUAUGAGAGGAAUCCGUUCCCAGAUGGAUGGGUUAAUCCCUGGGGUUGAGCCUCGGGAAAUGGCAGCUAUGUGUCUUGGUUUGGCACACAGUUUGUCUCGCUAUAGAUUGAAAUUCAGUGCGGAUAAGGUGGACACAAUGAUUGUUCAGGCAAUCUCCUUGUUGGAUGACUUGGAUAAAGAGUUAAACAACUACAUAAUGCGGUGUAGAGAGUGGUAUGGCUGGCAUUUCCCGGAAUUAGGAAAAAUUAUUUCAGAUAAUUUAACAUAUUGCAAAUGUCUACAGAAAGUUGGCGACAGAAAGAAUUAUGCCUCGGCCACACUUUCUGAAAUCUUGCCUGAGGAAGUUGAGGCUGAAGUGAAGGCGGCUGCUGAGAUCUCCAUGGGGACGGAGGUUUCGGAAGAAGACAUAUGUAACAUUCUGCACCUGUGCACACAGGUGAUCGAAAUCUCUGAGUAUCGGACUCAGCUCUUUGAGUACCUACAGAAUCGCAUGAUGGCCAUUGCGCCGAAUGUCACAGUCAUGGUUGGAGAGUUGGUCGGAGCGCGGCUCAUUGCUCAUGCAGGCUCUCUCUUGAAUUUGGCCAAACAUGCAGCUUCAACGGUUCAGAUUCUUGGCGCUGAAAAGGCCCUCUUUAGAGCCCUCAAGUCCCGACGAGAUACCCCAAAAUACGGUCUCAUUUAUCAUGCCUCACUUGUGGGCCAGUCAAGUCCCAAACACAAAGGGAAGAUUUCUAGGAUGCUGGCAGCCAAAACUGCCCUAGCUAUUCGGUAUGAUGCUUUUGGCGAAGAUUCCAGCUCUGCCAUGGGCGUUGAGAACAGAGCCAAGUUGGAGGCCAGGUUAAGGAGUUUGGAGGACCGAGGGAUAAGGAAAAUAAGUGGAACAGGAAAAGCUUUAGCAAAAGCAGAAAAAUAUGAACAUAAAAGUGAAGUAAAGACUUAUGAUCCUUCCGGUGACUCCACAUUGCCGACCUGUUCGAAGAAACGCAAGAUAGAGGAGGUGGAUGUAGAGGAGGAAGUUGUUGAGAAGAAGCCAAAAAAACCCAAGAUCAAAGUUAAAGUUGAAGAGGAGGAGGAGAAUGAAGAGCAGGGAGCAAUGGUUGUAGAAGAGGAGGAAACACCUAUGAAAAAGAAGAAGAAAAAGGACAAAAAGAAACACAUAAAGGAAGAACCAGUUUCUGAUGAAGAGGCAUGUGCCAGCACAACUGUUGUUACUAGUACAGAAAAGAAGAAGAAAAAGAAAAAAAAGCGAGAGAAUGAGGACUAAAGGAAGAAAA